AUGGCCGACCGUCUCGCGAGUAUUCACGGGACAGAGCUUGACAGGUUGGUUAAUUGUCCCUUCUACUUCAAAGUCGGAGCCUGCCGCCAUGGAGACCGGUGUUCUCGUCAGCACAACAAGCCCCUUUUCUCACAGACGGUUCUUCUAUCGCACAUGUAUCAAGCCCCGGCUUCUGCCCAGAUGAUGUCUGGACCUACUGCCAUGGCCACUGCUGCCGAUGACAAGGCUUCGCAAGAUCACUUCGAUGAGUUUUACGAGGAGGUCUACGAAGAGCUUGAGAAAUUUGGAAAGAUCGAGGAGCUGAAUGUAUGCGCAAACCUCGGCGAUCACAUGAUUGGCAAUGUGUACGUCAAGUACGAAGAAGAAGAACAAGCGGAAAAGGCGCUGAAUGCACUGAACGGUCGUUUUUAUGCUGGAAGGUUGAUCAUGGCAGAGUACUCCCCUGUCACGGACUUUCGCGAAUCGAGGUGCAGGCAGUAUGAAGAAACCCAAUGCAAGUACGGCGGCCACUGCAACUUUAUGCACAUCAAGAGGCCCAGCAAAGAACCUGUGAUGACAUUUGUUGCAGGUCGUUAUGAUGAUAGGCGCCGCGAUGACCGCGGAAGACCUGAGGAACGCCGGGAACGUGAACGCAGCAGGAGCGGCAGGUAG